AUGUAUGCGCAUGGAAUCCGUCUCCUCCUCUCCAGGAGGCAGUCAGUAGCAGAGACCAAGGAGAAUCACCGCUGGGCGCAGGAUAUCAUAGAGGCGGAUAUUAAGGGCCGGUGGGUCGUGCAGCGGGAGAUUUUAGUUAAAGGGGAGGUUCAGAGUCUAUGUAUUGAAUUAAUGGUGCUGGGCAUGGAUGGGGAGCCUGAUUUUGGGGGCUGUGAGGCUGAAGGAAAGGGCAACAAGGUGGAAAAGAAAGAAGGCCAGCUUGCUGCUUACAAGGCCGAACUCCAGCGUCUAAAUGAUGACUACUGGCAGCAUAAGCAGCAUCUCUGGCGUCUGGAGACGAAUACUCCCCUGGGAGCAGUGGGACGGGCCUAUGAAGCAUGCAGACAGAAGCCAAAUUGGUAUCUUUCUGAAUGGCUUUGCAGGGAUUGUGCUGGGAGGGGUAGAUGCUAUAGACGGAAAUGUGGGUGUUGUGAGAAAGCCCGGGAGACUGAGCGGGAGUGGAAACAUGGGCACUGUACUAGUGCAUGUCGGUGUUGUAUUCAGAGUAAAGAGUGCUCUACCCAGGACAAGGUGACGGUAGAGGACGAGCUGGAGGUUGUGCCAUUUGAUCUUGUUGCUUACAAGACUCCGUAUAAUGUCCGGAUGUUUCGUGAGUAUAUCUGGGGUAUGGGUUGA